CUCCUAAAGUCCGCACGGCUCUCACGGAUAACGGAGACGUUACUACAGCUCGUCCCGGUUCCCUCUGUGUCCUCCGCUGUCCGGCUCCAGAGGCGGACAACACGCCGCAUAAAAGGCACCGGACUGUCACUGUGGAUUCCCCCCGUGUUUUCUUUUCACCAACUGUCCGUGUUGUGAACUUUUCUCGCUCCCUGCAAAGCUCGUGACGCCGUCUCCUCCCUCUCGUGCCUCUGGUCCCGAGACCGAGGGAAAUGGCAGAGAAGCGGCGGUCCCCGUGCGCGCUGAGCGUAAAGGCGCACGCGUUCUCCGUGGAGGCGCUGAUCGGAGCGGAGAAGAGACGCAGGACGGCCGGGCAGGAUGCGGUGUCCCCCGGGUACGAGGACGGGACUGAUGUGUCUGAUCUGACCGGGAGCCCGGGGCCGCGAGCCGACAGAGCGUGCACCAGCGACCGGGGCAGCGAGGCGGAGUGCGCCAGUGACGGAUCCCCAGAGAGCGAGGACGCGCUGCUGGAGAGCCCGCAGCCUGCAGCUGUGUGCACGGCGCCGGUAACCGGCAGCGGAGAGGAGACCCGGGUGGACCUGCAGGGAUCAGACCUGUGGAAACGGUUCCACGAGAUUGGCACGGAAAUGAUCAUUACCAAGGCUGGACGGCGGAUGUUCCCCGCUAUGCGCGUGAAAAUUACGGGCCUGGACCCACAUCAGCAGUAUUACAUUGCCAUGGAUAUAAUCCCCGUGGACAACAAACGGUACAGGUACGUGUACCACAGCUCCAAGUGGAUGGUGGCGGGGAACGCGGACUCGCCUGUGCCGCCCAGAGUGUACAUCCACCCGGACUCUCCGGCCUCAGGAGAGACGUGGAUGCGUCAGGUGGUCAGCUUCGACAAACUCAAACUGACCAACAACGAACUGGACGAUCAGGGACAUAUCAUUCUGCACUCCAUGCACAAGUACCAGCCGCGGGUCCAUGUGAUCCGUAAGGAGUGUGGAGAGGAGUUAUCCCCAGUGAGAGCCAUCCCUGCUGGGGAGGGCACCCGCACCUUCGCCUUCCCCGAGACUGUGUUCACCACCGUCACAGCGUAUCAGAAUCAACAGAUUACAAGGCUGAAAAUUGACAGAAACCCGUUUGCCAAAGGCUUCAGAGACUCUGGCAGAAACCGGAUGGGUCUGGAGGCCUUGGUUGAGUCUUAUGCGUUCUGGCGUCCAUCUCUGCGAACGCUCACAUUUGAGGACAUUCCUGGCAUCACCAAGCAAGGAAUCCCAGGAGCUCACGGUGGGAUCGGACCAACAUCUCAUCUGCUCUCCACGUCCCCGUGCUCCUCACCUUUCCAGGUCUGCCCUCUGAGCCCGCCUGACUACACCUGCAGCCGACCCACACACCCGCUCCAUCGUUACAGCAACCCCCCAGAGCCGUUCCCCCCUCCCAGAGGUCCAUCAGCGUAUGAAGGCGAAGGAUUCUGUUCCCUGCCCCUCCCUGCCUCUCAACUUGGCUAUCUAUCCAACCCCACCCCGCAGGGCUACGCUGGGCUUCGCCUCCACACACCGCCCUACAGCCUGUACGGUUACACAUUCCCUCCGUCACCACGCCUCGCAGCCAGCCCUGAUAAAAUGGCCGCCGCUGCCACUGCCAAUCAUCAGAGUGCCUUCCUUGGCUCGUCUCCCAGUGGGACUCUAACGGACAGUCUGGGCGUACUCAGCGGAGGACAGCAGGGCUUCUUGUUUGACUCCCGGACUUUAGGACUGGCAGGUAGCCAGUCGGGAGGUGGGGCCUCACAGGUCACUGCCCACAUGGGCUGAAUUUGACUCCGGACAUUUCACGAAAAACAAAAUGACACCCUGGAACGGGUGUAAGUUGCUUUUCAGAACGAAUUAAUCAUCCAUGUGCUGAACAAGCAUCAGGACAAACAGAGAGGAGGGACAGAUGAUGCCAUCGUCUCUGUGAGCAUAAAGAGCUCAUCAAAGCUCCUUUUAACUGAAGGAAAUAUUUUUACCAAGUUCGUAUCGUUCAGUUAUGUUCUCUAGGACAUGCAUGUGCAGCUGCGGUGGUCACUAAAGGGAGAAACUUCCUGCCGCUUUGGAUACAGAGUCCAAACGAUGUAACCCAGUGACUGAACUGGAACUGAAAAUGGAUUGGGCAGAAACUGGGCUGGCCCAGGCACUCAAAGCAAGCACUUCAGUCCCUGGCAGGAAGCCCUGAAGCAGUAACUAUUAGACUCACACAGCAUUUUACAUUGCCUCCGUGAGCUUGCCUACUCUGGAUGGAGUUACUGAACACUACUUUUAAACUUGUUUUUAUGGGAUACAUUGACUAAACUCCUUUUGUCGAUUAGACUCUGUGUCAUGCCUGGUGGUGUUCUCCAUCAAGUCUUUGGAAUAACAAACAGCUAAAGUCCAUCCAGUUACAUGCACUACAGGCAGGGCCUUUCACCACUCAGACUUUAAACACAACUUUUACACACAACACCAGGAGCCUGUCACAUAUUAACACGAUGACAUCACGGCCAUGAGAGACCGUGGGAGAUAUCCCAGUGACAGUUAUGGACUGACGAGGUUAAAGCUGUGGGAGGAUGAUGGAUGACGGACUGAUCUACAUAUUCUGAGUCUGGUUUGACAGACGUUUACUUGAUGCAGCUGUUUGGACGUCGAGCUGAAGUACAUCUUCCCUUGUGUGACACAGACAUAACUGCACAUGACGACUCUGUACAUAGCGGGAAGGAGGGAAGGCGGGCGGGAAGAGAGAUGUGUAUAUAAAGGGCUGUGUGACCCUUCGCACUUAAAAACCCCCUAUGCACCUGCUUCUGCUCUUUAGACCGGGUCAGGUACGCAACAGCCAACCCUGAACUUGACCGAAAAGCUUUUCUUUGCAAACACGCGCUAUAUCAGCAGCACGCCCUUUGGCCAAGGACAUUAACAUGUUCUGUGACCUUUUUGAGCCAAAUAAAAUAUAUCUAUUCAUGUCACAAUGUUAAUAUGUAAUCAGUAUCUUACUAAUUUAACUGAUUUGGUGUUGUUUAUUAAGGCAGUUGUGAACAUACGUGUGUGUGUGAGUGUUUUCUUUACACAUUUUUUUUUAAAGGAAAGCAGUUACAGUG